CCCAUUCGCAUUUGGAGUGGAGUUGGAUCGAGAAUAGUAGGAAUAAAACUCAUCCAGUUCCCAAACAGCUUGUGCGUGUUGCAGCAUGUCGAGCUCAAACACUGCAGGUUAGCACUGAGAAGUGGCCAAUCUCGGAUAGGAGAGAUGGCUGAUUUCACUCGAGUUUCACAAGUCCAUGUGUUUGAUAUGCGCAUGCAUGCAACCUACGUAUGGGUGACAGUCAUGCCUGGUCCCACCUGGCGUUGGCGGUAGCCUUUUCCUUUCAGCAGUUCACCGCCACGGACCGACACCACGCCAAUCUCCCGGGCCGCUUGGCCAAAAUGGCACUAUCGCCCGCCCUACCCCAUACGUCCUUGCCGCCUAAGCUACAUGGGGGAAUUCCGUCAAUUCCUCUCCCAUGUCCCAUCUCUGGCGGGAAACUCUUGCCACUUUUCCACCCUCGCUCUGCGCAUGCAGUCAAUCAGUCUGUCUGUCUGUCAUGAGUGUACAUACAAGCAGUCACCGAUCAAUCGCUCCUUCGUCGUGACUCAGUCAGCUUCGGGCGCACCGCGGAAUAAAUGGCUGCGGCUAUCAAAGAAGCCCCAGUAAUAUAAAGAACACCGAGUUGUGCUUGACCACCCAAACCACCGACAGAUUUCCCAACCUUAUCCGCCUUCGACAACGACUACAGCAGCCGACAGAGACCCCGAGACUAACAAUUCGUGUCGACCAUGGCUUCGCAGAAUUCGCAGAAUGGCACCUCGUCAACCUGCGUCGUGGAACCCGCCAGGCCCCAUGAUUCCAUCCAGCUCGAGACACUGAAAAGUACGCUGUCAUUAGGAUCCAACGUCCAUGAGCCACAGAAGACGCAGCAAUCUACAAAUGAUCCAGUCGAGAUUCUGCCGUCGCCCACGACACAGGCUUCGGACCCGGAGGAGCAAUGGAACAAGCCCAGCAUCAACUUCUGGAGAACCAUGGCUGCCUUUUGGAGUUUUGUUGUCAUGGGUAGCAAUGACUCUGCGUAUGGUGCCUUGAUACCUUAUCUUCAAGAGUAUUAUGAUCUCACGUUUGUCGUCAUUUCACUCAUCUUUCUCUCGCCUUUAGUUGGCUACACUGCUUCUGCACUGCUCAAUAACGAGAUCCACCUCAGGUUUGGUCAGAGAGGUGUCGCCUUCAUCUCUCCCGCAUGCCAUCUUGUUGCUUACAUUGUCAUUGCUGUCCACCCACCCUACCCCGUUCUUGUAAUCAUCUUCAUGCUGGCAGGGUUCGGUAACGGCCUUGCUGAUGCCGCAUGGAAUGCUUGGAUUGGAAACAUGGCAAAUCCAAACGAACUCCUCGGUUUUUUGCACGCAUUUUACGGCGUUGGUGCGAUCCUUGCCCCUCUUGUAGCUACGACGAUGAUCACCAAAGGAGAUAGACUGCCUUGGUACUACUUCUACUACGUCAUGAUCGGAAUGGCGGUGAUCGAGCUGGCCACUUCGGCGACGGCUUUUUGGAAAGCAACAGGGGCCGUGUUUCGUGCCAACAAUCCUCGCACUACCGGAGCUAAAGAUAACCGUAUGAAAGAAGCGCUCAUUCGUCUUCCGUACGCUCGCGUGACCUGGCUCUGCGCCCUCUUUCUGCUGGGCUACGUCGGCGCCGAGGUAGCGCUCGGUGGGUGGAUAGUCAAAUUCAUGCUCGAGGUGAGAGAGGCCGAAGACUUUGCCAGUGGCAUGACCGCGACGGGAUUUUGGUUGGGCCUUACUGUUGGACGGAUUGUACUGGGAUUCGUAACACCCAGGCUGGGUGAAAAGUUGGCCAUCGCUAUCUACCUCCCCCUAACAAUGGCACUCGAGCUCAUCUUCUGGCUCGUACCCCAAUUCUACGUCUCAGCCGUCGCAGUGUCCCUCCAAGGCUUCUUUCUCGGCCCCUUAUUUCCUGCUGCCGUGGUCGCUGCUACCAAGCUCCUUCCAAAGCAUUUGCAUGUUAGCGCUAUCGGGUUUGCCGCUGCAUUCGGAGGCUCGGGGGCUGCAAUCUUUCCAUUCGCAGUCGGGGCUAUUGCACAAGCCAAAGGUGUGCAGGUUCUGCAGCCCAUCAUAUUGGCCCUCCUGGCUGUCAUCUUCGGUUUAUGGUUGUGCCUGCCUAGGUUCCAUAAAAAGCAGGAAUGA